AUGAAUGUGGAGAGGCGGUCUCUUUCGAGACGUUCAACCGCCAAAAAGGUUGAUUAUAAUGAGAAGAAGGCCGAUGAAGACCUCGUCAAGCGACUCAAACGAUUAGAAACACCGUCGAACAAGAAAACUUCAGAGACCGUUAAGAAAAAAGGUUCCAAAGAGAAGUAUCAGCAGUUUCUGAAUAAUAAAUCCGUGGAAUGGAAUUUCAUACCGUCUCUUCCAGCGACUUUCAGAAAACAUAGCCGGUUUUCUAAUAUUUUGGACUUGGAGGACGCUUUCGUUAAUAUUGUUUCAGAUACUUUAAUGCAAGAAGGAAAUGUUAUGCUGCGAAGGAAUGAUCAUAUUUACAUGGUUUCUGAGCCUCCAGGUGAACCCUAUUACAUUGGCCGAAUCAUGAGCUUUGAAUGUAAACAGGAGUAUCGGGAAUUGAUAGCUGCCUCGGAGGAUUUUACCGAGUCCUUCCCUGCAAGAUAUUUCCAGCUGAAAAUGAACUGGUAUUACAGGCCGCGAGAUAUCCAGAAUAACGCAUUGACCAUCAGCUCACGACUUCUGUAUGCGUCCCUUCAUGUUGAUAUUUGUCCUAUACACUCUUUCCGGGGAAAAUGCACCGUUUCUCACAGGGCACUAUUAGGAGAGUCACCUGAGGCGUUAACCGAGUUUGUCGUGAAACCUAACCACUUCUACUUUGCUGACCUCUUCGACAGAUAUACACUCAAAUACUAUCCAGUUUGGAGCACACGACAAAUUCUGACCAUUGACCCUUCGUCGUCAUUUCUCAUCGCCAUGUCCAGACGAAUACCGUACAUUUUUGUUGAGGAGACCUACCCAAUUACUAAAGUGAUAGAAAAGUACGUUCUUAAUCGGCCUCAACAAAUCACUUCAACAAGUGAUGACGAUUGGGAUCAGAGAUGCGGCCAUUGCUCAGAGUGGUGCGAGAAAUCCCAAUUUUUAAGAUGCGAUGAAUGUCGAAUGGCUGUUCAUCUGUAUUGUUUGAGUCCACCGCUAGAAAGAAAGCCUGCCAAGAGCGUUUGUUGGAUAUGCUCAAGCUGUUUAGAAAAGGGUACUGCGGUUGGUCAAACAAAACGCGAACAAGAGAUAAAGGAAGAAGUCGCCCAAUUCAAGAUAUAUGCGGCUCAUUUAGAAAACUCUGGGAAAGCAGCUUUAGCUGGAUCACUGGACGAAAGCCAUAUCUGGUUUCAUUACCUUGGGAUGAAGCUUAUAAGUUGUUUGGAUGACAUUCUUUCUCCAUACCUGGGACUGCCGUAUCCACUCAAGUGCUCUAGAGUUGGAACAAAAUACCAAUGGCCUGAUAAUAAUCUUGAGCUAGGCUCUACAGCGAAGUCGAGAUCUCCCUCACCUUCUUUAAUCAAAGAAUCGAGGGGAAAUGCCGAAACUUCGGAGCUUUUGUGGGUUUUUGAUACGUCCAAAAUAUCUAUCAACGAACUUGAUCAUUACAUGGAUACUUGCCGCCAGUAUUUUCCUCCCCGACUCAGCAUUUCGUCGGAAACAUGCAAUUUUUUGGAUGCUGCUUUAAAAGCACUAAUAAAAACGGAUUAUAAUACCUCAGACGCCCUGGCUUAUUGCAAGAACCAUCUUUCUCGCGAGUUUUUGAGAGAGCCAACCUUGACUUCCCUGGAAGUCACCAAAUUUGAAAAGGCAAUUGGGAAAUAUGGAAGCGAAUUACACCCUGUCUGCAAGUACGUGGGAACCCAGCCUAUGUCCAUGAUAGUGAGAUUCUAUUACUAUUGGAAAAAGACUGAAAGUGGAAAGGAGAUCUGGGGAGGUUUCAAAGGACGUGGAAAGAACAAGAAGAAGCAAACCCUCAAGUCGUUCUCAGAAACACAGAAUAAUCGUAGAAGGCGCGAGAGAAAACCUUCGCAAGCUUUGAAGUUUAAUGACGGAAAGCCCGCUAAGGAAUGGAGACAUGUAGAUGAUUCAUCCUUCGACUCGGACAAAGUGUCAACCUUCAAGACUGACUUUCAAUGCAUGUUUUGUUCUGUAGAUUAUUCCCCUUUGUGGUACCGUGUAACCGGUGGCUGUGACGACGAUAACAUUAAAACAAGAAUGAUUACAGGAGUUAACGAGCAAACAACAACUUCUCAGAAGGGACCGAGUCGCACGGCAAAGACCGCUCAAGUUCAAAAUACUGAAAAGCUAGAUGCUCUCUGUAUUCGAUGUGCUCGUUUAUGGCGAAGAUAUGCCAUAAAAUGGCAACAACCCAUGGAUGUUUUGAAGAAAUUAAGUGGCCGAAGUAUGAAUUCAAUCCGGGAGGCUUUAGACAAGGUUUUGGAAGCUUCAAUUGAUCAAACGUCAAAAUUGCCGCCCAAAUUAGCAUAUGAGAAGGGCUUGGAUUGGGAGUUAAUCCAAGACACUGAGCUUGUUCUCCGUCAGCGCUUCGAAGCGCUCAGUGAUCCAGAUCGACUUAAUAAGAUGAGAAGAAAUUGCUCGUCCAUGCAUACUCAACUCAAUAAAUUAGUUCGACGGCCAGUUGGCGUUAGUGACACGGAUGUCAGUCAUCUGAAACAGGAGUUGGAGGUUUAUAUUUACAAGGUCAAAGAAGACUGUGUCCGUAAGGAAAGGGCAAAAAGGGCCAAGGAUAAAAAGAUUUCUGAUAAAUGUGCUUCAGUCAAACGUCAAGGAAAACCAGCAAAAUCUUCUUCUAAUAAAGGCAGCAAGAAGCUGUCAAAUGUUGAGGAUGAGAAAAGUAUAAGCCCAGGCGUAAAGAAAAUUAAACCAAGAAUAUCGAACAAGUCAGCCUGCACUAUUGAUAUUCCACGUGUUGCAACGAACGGCACGGCCGUAUUAUUCUCUAACGACGAAAAGAAAAUUGGAAGCAUAACUUUCGAAACUGACUUCAGCCAUUUGAAGCUUUCAGAUGACCUAAAUCAGGCACUUAGAGCACAAAUUGACUUUGAGCUCCAAAAGCAAGAAUUUCUUGACAUUGGCAAAUCUAAAAAACAGCUAUUAAGCCAAGAAUCAGAAGGCUCGAGAAAAUCUUACGGGGAUUUUUAUUCAAUCUCCAACAUAGGGAGUUCUUCUCAGCCUUUAGUGCGCUUCAACUGCGUGGCCGAAACGGUCAAGGCUUACGCCAAACUGCAUGAGCAACAACGACAAUUGCUCCUUCAAGUGUCAGGUGCCCGGUCGCCAAGCUUAAAUGAGUUUCCGUCUAUCCCAUCAAGUGCACAUUCCAUCAAGGCACCAGAAAAUAAAAUGAAAAUCUUUGGGCAAAACAAUGUAGGACGUUCCCUACGUAAAGACAGGAAUUACUGCUGUGUUUGUUUGGAGGCGUUUGAUAAUUCACGGCGGGAAGGUUUGGCGUGUGCUAAUUGCGGACUUACCGUUCAUCACUUUUGUUAUGGCGCACCGCGUUCGACAGUCAUAGGUAGUGCGGAACAAGGUGGUGGAAGCACGUCGAAGACGUCAAAGUGGUUGUGUGAUGUGUGCUGCAAUGAUCUUAAUCCAGUGGCUUCCACUGACUAUAAAUGCUGCUUGUGCAAUGCAAGGGAAAUCGAUUAUGAGGGUGCAAAAGGCCUGAGUGAUAAAACGAUUCCUGAUGCCCUCAAAGUAACUAUGGAAGGCGCCUGGUGUCAUGUUAUCUGUGCUCUCUUCAAUGCAGACAUUGCGUUUGGUCAGGCUAUCUCCUUUCAACCAAUUACUGGUGUCAAAUCUUGUUUAGCGGCCAAUCAAUCAGUUCGAUGCUCAGUAUGUGAUUUGACAGGGGGUGGCAUUAUUAAGUGUAGUGACUGUGGAAAUACGUUUCAUGUCACUUGUGCUCAGGACUCAAACUGCAGAUUAUGUUUCGAAGUUUCCGACAGCGACGAAACGCCUCCCGAUAGGACGCACAACUUUUUGAGACGAGGGCUAAAUCUGAAAAUCAAACCAGUAACAACAUGCUGCUUUCACGGUGAUGUGGCAAGUCAUCCAAAUAGGUUUCCCUUGACGUAUGAGACGCCCUCAGGCUUCAGAUUGAUAGAACUCUAUGCAAAAAGUUGUAAGCAAAGAGGAGGCGAUGUUGGCAGCACGGUUUCGAUGAGGUACCAAGACCAGAAGGCCGCAUUAUCCACGCUAGCGGUAAUGCGGAAUCCUAUCAGUGUGGGCAUGGCAACUAGCUCGAGCUCUACGAAAACCUUUUCGAGAAUGUGUCUUAAAUGCCAUUCGACCUGCUCUAUAUACUGGUUUGCGUCACUAUGUCAUUCUUGCAACAUGAUAGAAAACAACACGACUUCUGAACAAGACGUGGUACCGGAAAACCUGACAAAAGAUUAUUUUAAGGAGCCUGCACAACUUAGUGAAGGGUUUUGUAGGGCCAUGAUGGAAGGUAUUGACGAGCAAAAAUUAAGUAUUUCCCUAACGGAACGCUCGAGCCGUAAAAGAACGGCUUCUGGGACUAAUUCUGUGAAAACAUGGGCGAAAGGUGGCAAGAAAGCACCAAAAAUGUCAAAAGUUAAAAAGGAGCCGGAAUGCGCUGAUUUGAAGUCUACAACCCCCCUGCUGCAAUCAGUAGUUGUGCAACACCCGCUUCCGCUUUCGAAAAGUGUUCCAAAGUAA